AUGGGAUGCGGUGCUUCGAAAUAACAGUAGGAAAGAUUGAAGAGUUAUGUAAAUCAGGAGCUGGGAUAAAUAAAUGAUUAGUUAGCCAAAUAGAUAGCAGAGUUGAGGGAUGUCAAAAACAAGAGGAAACCUAUAUACAUCAUCAAAGAUUAGGAGGUGGAAGAAUUAACAAAUUAUAAAGAAGAACUUGAAAAGAAGUUUUAGUUUAUUGAAAAAGAAAUUUUAAAGGUCAAUAAGCAACUGUAAAUAUAAGCAAAGGCAGAACCAAAGAAGAAAAGGAGAACUACUAAACCUAUCGAUAUUGAUGACAUAGCAGACGAAGAGGAGUGGAAAAAAAAUUUGAUGAAUGAUGAUGAGAUCACUAUCAAACCUUUUGAUGAUGCUCAACUUGAAAUAGAGUCAGAUAAUAUUGGCAAGAAGGAUGUCAAUAAAAGCUCUUAAAGCGAUAUUUUGAUGAUGGAUUCCUAAUAAAACAUCAAAAAGUAAAUAGCAAAUGCUGAUAAAAUCGAGGAAAUCAAUAAUUUAGAAUAAUAAUUGUAGUUUGACAGCAAAAAAAUCAUAAUAUAAAAUGACUAAAAUAAUUGUGAUGAAUAAUCAAAAACUUAAUAAUAACAAGAUUUACAUAAAAUCAAAGUUAAUAUCUAAGAAGCCUUAGGUGAAGACUUAUAAGCCUAUAAUGAUGAAAUUAAAAACAAACUAUUCUCACAAGACUUAAGUAAUCAACCACAAUAAUAAACUUUGAAAAACAGUGAAAUUGAAAUAUGUUUUAAUGAGUAAUCCUUAGAAUAAAUUGCUUAAAGUCUUGAAAAAAACAUUACUACAGUCCCAAAAAAGAGUAAAUCAAGUUAACCACAGCCUUCAAAUUAGGUGUAAAAUUAAUAAUAAUAGAAAGCAGAAAAAUAACUAUUUUUCUCUAAAUAACAAUCUUCAGGCAAUAAUCAAAAAAGAAAUUCAAGAUAAAAAUACCAACUAUGA